AUGCCCGGCUGUAACCCGUGGGCUGGCACGGCCGUGCGGCGGACGCCUGCGCGGGUCCUUGUCUUGCAGUGGAACCUGGUGUGCGAGGAUGACUGGAAAGCCCCGCUGACCACCUCCCUCUUCUUCGUGGGGGUCCUCAUUGGCUCCUUCAUCUCAGGGCAGCUCUCGGACAGGUUUGGCAGGAAGAAUAUCCUUUUUUCGACAAUGGCCGUGCAGACUGGCUUCAGCUUCCUGCAGAUCUUCUCCACCAGCUGGGAGAUGUUCACAGUGCUCUUUCUCAUAGUGGGGAUGGGACAGAUCUCUAACUACGUGGUGGCCUUCAUACUGGGAACAGAAAUUCUUGGCAAAUCAGUUCGUAUUAUAUUCUCUACAUUAGGAGUUUGCGUAUUUUUUGCAAUUGGCUACAUGUUGCUGCCCCUGUUUGCUUACUUCAUCAGAGACUGGCGGAUGCUGCUGCUGGCGCUCACUGUCCCGGGGCUGUUCUGCGUCCCGCUCUGGUGGAUCAUUCCUGAAUCACCUCGGUGGCUGAUCUCCCAGGGAAGAUAUAAAGAGGCAGAAGUUAUUAUCCGAAAGGCUGCAAAAUUAAAUGGCGUUCCAGCCCCAGCCGUGCUUUUUGACACCACGGAGAUGCAGGAUUCGAAGCCUCAGCAGCAGCAGAAGGCUAUCCUUCUGGACCUAUUUCGAACCCGAAACAUUGCAACUAUUACUAUUAUGUCAUUACUUUUGUGGUUUUUCACGUCGGUUGGUUACUUUGGCCUGUCCCUCAGCACUCCAGACUGGCAUGGAAAUGCCCACAUCAACUGUUUCCUCUCAGCUGUUAUUGAAGUUCCAGCCUACGUGAUUGCCUGGCUUCUCCUUCGUUCCCUCCCUCGGCGCUACUCCUUAUCGGGCACCUUGGUUUUAGGGGGAGGUGUUGUCCUCUUCAUUCAGCUGGUCCCUGCAGAUUUAAAUGUCCUGUCUGUCGGCCUAGUGAUGCUUGGAAAAUUUGGCAUCACCGCUGCAUUUUCCAUGCUUUAUGUCUACAAUGUGGAGCUGUACCCAACGCUGGUGCGAAACAUGGCAGUUGGAGCCACUUCAACGGCUUCCAGGCUGGGCAGCAUCAUUGCUCCUUACUUUGUUUACCUGGGUGCCUAUGACAGAUUCCUACCAUAUAUCCUGAUGGGAAGCCUGACUGUGCUGAUUGGGAUCCUUACCCUGUUUCUCCCGGAGAGCUACGGCAAUCCCCUGCCUGAGAACUUUGAGCAAAUGCUGAAGGUGAAAUGUUUCAGAAAUGGGCAACAAACCACUGGCAUUAGGAAUUCAAAGGAGAGUCCUAAAAAUGCGGUAACACCCUUGUGAAGAAGGAUGUCAGAGGGGCUGAAAGAAGAACAAGAUCUUCUCAAAAUGCAUUUUCUGCCAGAGGAAAACAAACAAACCCCAACAGUCAAUGCUGCUGCACCAUAGUUGUUAUCCCCUGUGCUACUGUACCCAAAUACAUAGUUUACUGAACAGAUGCUCUCCAUGCCCAUAGGACUCUUGGUCUGUAAUUCAGUGUCCUCAUACCUGGGGUUUGUCAGCAGAUACAGUCCCUGUUGAGAAAUGGGGGCCUGCCUGUGCUAAACACGACUUGAGGAGUAAGCCAGAAAUGAGCCUUAGGAAUAAUACAGCAAUGACUCCAGUCAGUCAGGCACUCCAUGAAAGCUGCUUGAAGGAAAAAAAAGAUAGCAAACAUAAUGCUGGUGGUUUUUUCUCACUGUGUGUAUUGACUGGGUGAAGGGGAGCUGGGUGCCUGUCUCUGAAAAAUCUCAGCACGUGCCCCUGCAGGAAGGAUCCCGGCCUCCUUUGCAAUCGGUGACCAAAGCCUAAGCAGGAGCAGAAUUUAGUUGUAGCAAAGCAGACGGAGACUUCACUGUAAGGAUGGUUUUUUUUUAAACAAGACAUCGGAGUAUCUUUUGAUGUCAUUUGCUUUUCCCAGGACCUGGGAUCCACUUCUGAUCCACUUAUGCCUGUAAAAGCUGAUGCUUUUUCAGAAAGCCUGAGCCUGCUGAAAUCCUUGGGCUUCAUGAAUGUUCAGUGUCUUUGGAGAUGGGGGAAGCCUUUAACACCGAGUAAGGACUGUAGCUUGCUGACCUUCUGAUGGGCCGUGCCCGCUUUCAAAAGAAACACGGGCUUUAGCAAGUCAGUGAUUCUAUCCAAACAUGCCAUGCAGUUUCAGCUUUCAGGUUUUUCAUCGCAUAAGCAGUUUUUUAGAUUUUGGGUGGUUUGGGGUUUUUUUUUUUUUUUUUGCAAACAAUUUAAUUUCUCCUUUGAACAUAUACCACAUUGUUCUUACCUUCAGAGAAAGCUCAUUGCAGUUUCAAAAGCCUCUGCAAAACCUUUGUGCCACUUACAAAUUUAAAGGGGAUUUGAUGCUUGCGAAAAGCUGGUGUUCUGUACUGGAGAUGUUCACCUGCAAAAAAUGCAAAAGGGCUAAUUUGGGACCACAGGUUUUUUUAACAAACACACAAAAAAAAAAGCCAACAAAGCCAGUGUUGUGUUUUUCAAAUCCUACAGGUGAUGUAUGCAUUUUUUAAAAGUUCAGCAAAGCUAGAUGGGAUGAAAACUCAACUGUAGAGCUUAGAGUUGUGCUGCUAGUGGUUUAUGGACACUACAUAGUUUGAAAAAAGUAGAAUACCUUUUAUUUUUCUAUUUAUUGGCUGUGCAUGCACUUCUUGGCCACAUAAAAUCUAUCAGACCUGGUAGACUGGCUUUUAUCCUCCAUAAAUAACAAUUAGCCACGAUUCACCUUCCGUAAGGGCCAACAAAAGCACACUGUCUCCUCUCUAAGGUGAAGUUUGUGGCAAGGUGUCUUGUGCUGGCACUUGGCACAGGAAUGAGGCUCUCCCUGCAAGUUCAAGCACAAAUAUAAAGCUUUAUAACAUUUACAUGUAAGGAAGUUGUGCAAUCCCUUCAAGCUGCUCUUUGGGAUGUGGAAAUACUAUUUACUUUCAUAUUCAUUUUCUGCAGUUAAUGCUUUUGCCAUAAAUGUAAGGUGGCAUGAGGCAACCAUUAUCCUGUGACCCCAGAUGUUCUCAUCCCUUCUCGAGCUGGAAUUUGUCUAAUAACAGUGGUAUUUAAUCUUGUUUUUACUUAUUACAAAGUUAAUCUGUAGAAUAGCUGUUUAGACGUAACUAAAUUUCUCAACAAAGCCUUUGCAUCAGCGUAGGACAGGUUUGAGGACUUGGUUAAAUACAGGUGGCCAUAUUUUUAUGAAUAUUUUUAUAUUAAGUUGAUACUUGUUUUAUAUGCUCGUAGGCUUGGGUAUUUCUAAAAGGUACAUAUUUUUGUACUUUUGAACUUUGUAGUAUCUUAAAACCUAGUUUUCCUUUUUGAAGAAAAAGGGUUGUGGUGUUUGGGUUUUUUUAAAGACCUUGUUUUAAUCAGUCCCAUUUUUAUUGCUUAUACCAUUGAUCUCAAGGUAGUGUCACAUUUUAGUAUUUUUAACGGCAGAUUUAAAAUAUAUCUUUCACAAGAAUGGAAGGGUCUUGUCACAAGAGUGGAAUGCCUUUCUCAAAAGUAUGUGAUGUUGUUAGAAGGCCUUACAGCGUAAAAAUGAGAAAAAGGGAUUGCUUCAGCCGAUGAAGCGUUUGCAAGGAGCGUUUCUGUCCUCUGCCAGUAUCUUUCCCAGGCUCAAAUACAGAUUUCUGACGAAACCCAAAGAGCAAUAGUCUGCGGAAGAAUCAAACCGGGAUGAAUCUGGAGGGCAGGUGUGCCCGCUUCUGGCAAAUUACUGGUUUUUCAGUUGUAAAGCCGAAGAAGACAGCACUGGUUUAGUAGCUAUCAUCAGAAAUUAAAUGUAUUGCCAGUGAGCUAUUUAAGCCUCUUGCUGCGAUCUUCGGUGAGUUUUCUGUGCGUCAGCUGCUCAGCAGGGCUCGGUACGGGAGCUGCGUGCUCAGGGCAGCCGGGGGAUGCCUGUGAGGCUCUGACCUGGGGAUGGGAUCGCUCCCUCUGGCCGCAGGGGCCAUCGAGCUGUGACUCAUCUGUCACCUCUGCCGCCUUUGCUCGGGUCUCUCUGUGCAACCUUUGAUCCUCAGCUGGCUUAUCAGAUCUGCUACAGCAUGUAUGAAACUGUAGUAAUUGUCACACGUUAACUUCUGUCUUUGUUGUAAUAAAAACGUGCCCUGGCAUUGUA